UGCGGCGGCCAAUGGGUAGGCGGAUUGGCGCAGGGGCGCACCCGGGCACCGGGAAGCUCCGCCCCUUCGGGUCCGCAGGGCUGGGGCGGAGCCAGGCCCACGUCAGGUGGUCCCCCGCGGUCGGGCGGGCUGGCGGCGCUGGGGGCGGGGCGCGGCGCGGAGCGGGGAGCGGCCGGCGGGUGGCAGCGGGCACCGGCUACGCGAGCAGGUGGCCGCGGCGAAGGUAGCCAGGUCGCCCACAGGGGGCGAGCUCGUAGGCGGGAGCCCUGGCCCGCCGCGCCCCGCGCUGCGGUGAGCACUCGCGCUCGCUGCACUUGUCGCCGUGCCAGCCCCAAGCAGCCGCAGCCGGCUCUCCCCGCCCCGCCAACCCGGGCCCUACCUGCGGCCGCCGUCGGGGGAGGGGGUCCCCCCAGCUCUGCGGAGCCGCAUGAACAAUAGGCGGCGGCGGCUCCUGCGGGCGGCGGCAGCCCCGCACCCUAUGGAUCGGCCGCUCCAUGGAGCCCUCCAGAGCGCUUCUCGGCUGCCUGGCGAGCGCCGCCGCUGCCGCCCCGCCGGGGGAGGAUGGAGCGGGGGCCGGGGCCGAGGAGGAGGAGGAAGAAGAGGAGGAGGCGGCGGCCCCUGGGGAGCUGGGUUCCGACUCCGCGCUGCCCUACUGGACGGCGGUGUUCGAGUACGAGGCGGCGGGCGAGGACGAGUUGACCCUGCGGCUGGGCGACGUGGUGGAGGUGCUGUCCAAGGACUCGCAGGUGUCAGGCGACGAGGGCUGGUGGACUGGGCAGCUGAACCAGCGUGUGGGCAUCUUCCCCAGCAACUACGUGACCCCGCGCAGCGCCUUCUCCAGCCGCUGCCAGCCCGGUGGCGAGGACCCCAGUUGCUACCCGCCCAUUCAGUUGUUAGAGAUUGAUUUUGCGGAACUAACCCUGGAAGAGAUUAUCGGCAUCGGGGGCUUUGGGAAGGUCUAUCGUGCUUUCUGGAUAGGGGAUGAGGUUGCUGUGAAAGCGGCUCGCCAUGACCCCGAUGAGGACAUCAGCCAGACCAUAGAGAAUGUUCGCCAGGAGGCCAAGCUCUUCGCCAUGCUGAAGCACCCCAACAUCAUUGCCCUUAGAGGGGUGUGUCUGAAGGAACCCAACCUCUGCUUGGUCAUGGAGUUUGCUCGUGGAGGGCCUUUGAAUAGAGUGUUAUCUGGGAAAAGGAUUCCCCCAGACAUCCUGGUGAACUGGGCUGUGCAGAUUGCCAGAGGGAUGAACUACUUACACGAUGAGGCAAUUGUCCCCAUCAUCCACCGCGACCUUAAGUCCAGCAACAUAUUGAUCCUCCAGAAGGUGGAGAAUGGAGACCUGAGCAACAAGAUUCUGAAGAUCACUGAUUUUGGCCUGGCUCGGGAAUGGCACCGAACCACCAAGAUGAGCGCAGCAGGGACAUAUGCUUGGAUGGCACCCGAAGUCAUUCGUGCCUCCAUGUUUUCCAAGGGCAGUGACGUGUGGAGUGCUGUGGCAGAUUGCUGGAAUCCCGACCCCCAUUCACGACCAUCCUUCACAAAUAUCCUGGACCAGCUAACUACCAUAGAGGAGUCUGGUUUCUUUGAAAUGCCCAAGGACUCCUUCCACUGCCUGCAGGAUGACUGGAAACAUGAGAUUCAGGAGAUGUUUGACCAACUCAGGGCCAAAGAAAAGGAGCUCCGCACCUGGGAGGAGGAGCUGACGCGGGCUGCGCUCCAGCAGAAGAACCAGGAGGAGCUGCUGCGGCGCCGGGAGCAGGAGCUGGCCGAGCGCGAGAUCGACAUCCUGGAACGGGAACUCAAUAUCAUCAUCCACCAGCUGUGCCAGGAGAAGCCUCGGGUGAAGAAACGCAAGGGCAAGUUCAGGAAGAGCCGGCUGAAGCUCAAGGAUGGGAACCGCAUCAGCCUCCCUUCCGAUUUCCAGCACAAGUUCACAGUACAGGCCUCCCCCACCAUGGACAAAAGGAAGAGUCUCAUCAGCAGCCGCUCUAGCCCUCCUGCAAGCCCUACCAUCAUUCCUCGCCUUCGAGCCAUCCAGUUGACACCAGGCGAAAGCAGCAAAACCUGGGGCCGGAGCUCAGUCAUCCCAAAGGAGGAAGGGGAGGAGGAGGAGAAGAGGGCUCCCAAGAAGAAGGGACGGACGUGGGGGCCAGGUACACUUGGUCAGAAAGAGCUUGCCUCAGGAGACGAAGGAUCCCCUCAGAGACGUGAGAAAGCUAAUGGUUUAAGUACCCCAUCAGAAUCUCCACAUUUCCACUUGGGCCUCAAGUCCCUGGUAGAUGGAUACAAACAAUGGUCGUCCAGUGCCCCCAACCUGGGGAAGGGCCCGAGGAGUAGCCCAGCCCUGCCAGGGUUCACCAGCCUUAUGGAGAUGGAGGAUGAGGACAGUGAAGGCCCAAGGAGUGGGGAGAGUCAUCUACAGCAUUCACCCAACCAGUCCUACCUCUGUAUCCCAUUCCCUCGUGGAGAGGAUGGGGAUGGCCCCUCCAGUGACGGAGUCCACGAGGAGCCCACCCCAGUUAACUCAGCUACCAGUACCCCUCAACUGACUCCAACCAAUAGCCUCAAGCGGGGUGGCACCCACCACCGUCGCUGUGAGGUGGCUCUGCUUGGCUGUGGGGCUGUUCUCGCAGCCACAGGCCUGGGGUUCGACCUGCUGGAAGCUGGCAAGUGCCAGCUGCUUCCCCCGGAGGAGCCUGAGCCACCAGCCCGGGAGGAGAAGAAGAGGCGUGAGGGUCUGUUUCAGAGGGCCAGUCGUCCUCGCCGGAGCACCAGCCCCCCAUCCCGGAAGCUCUUCAAGAAGGAAGAGCCCAUGCUGUUGCUAGGAGACCCCUCUGCCUCUCUAACACUGCUCUCUCUCUCUUCCAUCUCCGAGUGCAACUCCACCCGCUCCCUGCUGCGAUCUGACAGUGAUGAGAUUGUGGUGUAUGAGAUGCCUGUCAGCCCAGUUGAGGCCCCGCCCCUGACCCCCUGCACCCACAACCCCUUGGUCAAUGUCCGAGUGGAGCGCUUCAAACGAGACCCUAACCAAUCCCUGACUCCCACCCACGUCACCCUUACGGCCCCCACCCAUCCCACUGGUCACCGGCGGACUCCUUCUGAUGGGGCCCUCAAGCCAACGGCUCUCCUAGCCAGCAGGAGCCCCUCCAGCAAUGGGUUGAGCCCCAGCCCUGGAGCAGGAAUGUUGAAAACCCCUAGCCCCAGCCGAGACCCAGGUGAAUUCCCCCGUCUCCCUGAUCCCAAUGUGGUCUUUCCCCCAACCCCAAGGCGCUGGAACACACAGCAGGACUCUACCUUGGAAAGACCCAAGACCCUGGAGUUUCUGCCUCGGCCACGUCCUUCUGCCAACCGGCAGCGGUUGGACCCUUGGUGGUUUGUGUCCCCCAGCCAUGCCCGUAGCGCCUCCCCAGCCAACAGCUCCAGCACGGAGACGCCCAGCAACCUGGACUCCUGCUUUGCUAGCAGCAGCAGCACUGUGGAGGAGCGGCCUGGCCUUCCAGCCCUGCUGCCGUUCCAGUCGGGGCCACUGCCCCCCAGCGAGCGGACGCUUCUGGAUCUGGAUGCGGAGGGCCAGAGUCAGGACAGCACUGUGCCACUGUGCAGAGCUGAACUGAACACACACAGGCCUGCCCCUUACGAGAUCCAGCAAGAAUUCUGGUCUUAGCCUGUAAAGGGUCGGGGUGGGCAAGGGGGAAGCAGGAGGAUAUGGGGGGGAGCUGGCUGGCACAGCCCUUUCUCAGAGUUGGACCCCCUGAGAUCCAGUCCUACUUCUUGCACUGAUAAUGCACUUUGAAGAUGGAAGGGAUGGAAGCAGGGCCACUUCAGAGGGUCUCUUGCCCUGCAGGGCCUUUCUACCCAUGUCCACUGGAGGGGCUGUGGCUCUCAGCUCUGGCUGUUCAGGGGAGGGAGGGUGCAUGCAUGUCCCCCACUCUCCACAGUCUUUCUCGCCUUUGGGGUGACCCUGCAGCGUCACUCAGCCAAAUCUGUCUGCUGCUCGCUCCCCUCAGCCCCCUGGGUAUGGCCAGAGUCUGUCCUGGGGUCCCCCUGUUAGCCCCGAUUUCAGCCUUCCCAAACACCAGUAUUGGAUGUCCUGUGAUUGAUUUUGCUCCUCUUCCAUGUUCGUCCCCAACCCCUCUUGAAUCCAAAUCUUGUUUAGUGUGAGAGAAGAGCUUUUCUGUGUCCUGAGCCCUUUCAUGUUAGCUGGAUGACUGAAGGCAAGGCGCCCCGGUGAGGGGCAUGGGAGUUGAUAGACUUGGCACUACCUACCUGCACUUCCAGGCACCCUACUUAUUUAUUUGAGCCUACCAGUGGUAGGGGGAAGGGAGUUGGGAAAAAUACAGUGAGUUGCCAUCAAGAGGGGAACAGAGUCUGUCUGUCCUUAUUCCUUUCUGAAAAAGUCAGAAGGGAAGAAACCAGCACCUGUUGACGGCGCCCGUCUCCUGCCUGGGGUCCGGACAUGGUCAGACCAGAUUCUGAUAAAAAUAUAUGCUCAUCCCACGAAUAGUUUCUUGGGAUGCCAGAGACGACGUUUCUGUGUUUGUCCCUUUUGUUGUCUGAUCUCUAUGUGUUUUCCCCUUCCCUUCCCCUUCCCUGCAGUCCCUGGAAUUAGUGGACUUUGGGUUAUGCAUUUGGUUGGUAGAUAGCUCUGCACUGCACCAGAAUAGCCUAUGGGGCUGGGUUGAGGGGUCCUGGACGCUGGGAGUUGGAACUGUGGGUGUUCCUUCACAGCCAGACCAUCCAUUCUGUGAUGCCCUUGAAGUAACAUGGAGCCAUUAGUAGUACCUUCCUAAAUGGAUGUGGUGAGGCGAUGAUGCUUGUAAGAUGCUUUAGUGAGCCACCGAUGUACAGUAACCUUCAAGCACUGGAGACUGACCAAGGGCUCUUGUCUCUGUGCACAGAUAGCCCCUAAUGCUGGGCUCGGGACCACACUACGUAGAAAAACAACAGUGGCCAAAUCUGACUUUUCUGGAAUUUGUUUCCCUAAGUAGAAUGUUGAGCUUCUUCUGGAGCUUUCUCAUGUAUAUCUUCAUUAUUCCCCUUACUCUGAGGCCUCCUGUGUCAAGUGUAAACAGUUGUCUUUGUGUGGGAGUCGACACUUGCUUGGGAGUCGAGUUCUUAGGUCUUGCCCCUCUCCCCUCAAGACUCUAAAUGUUGCUCCACUGUCUUUUAUCAUGGAAUGUUUCUCUGGAGGUGUUGGAGGCCAACCUGCAGAUGCCUUGCAUAUGCUGCCUGAAUGCCAGAAUAGGGACAGUGGUGAAGUAGGUACAAGUAACGGAUUUGGUCACUGCUCUCACUCUGGAACUAUGAUAGAUAUCCUGCCCUGGGAAUGACAAAAGGGAUGACCUUGGUUUCAGAUCGUUCCUUGUUUUGUGAGCCCACUGGCACUUUGGUGCAAGGGCCCCACCUGGUCUCGGGUGGGGAGAUGAUGUUUGCCCCCCAUCUAUUCUUCAGCUAGGAGGGAAAAAAAUGUGAAUCCUGUCAGCAGUUCCAGCAAACCAAGUGACUGCUCUUCAUUCGUGGUGGGGAGAGGGUCACAGAUGGUCUGUUCUGUGCCCUCCCCCUGGACUCUCCGUAGCCCCAGCCCCUAAGCCACUAACACAUCUAUAAACCUUUGACCCCACCAAGUGGCUCUCUGGUGGGCUUAAUAUGAAGUCUACGGCCUAAUAUAAACCAUGCUGACUCUGGACAGUGCUCUGUGGUAGGAGGCAAGGAUGUUUCCUUUGCUCAUUUUCUACUUUUUGUCAUUUUGUUAGGUUGCAGCCAUCUCUCGGAAGUGGUAGUGUAGCUGAGGUAGCGUAAACUGAAUGACGGCCACUUGCCAUUGAGUGAGAGGUUGAACCCAGUUCUUACUCCUCUAUCCAGGGGUAAGACAAGGGAAACCUGGGUCCCUGCUAAGGGGAGAAUUAUACCUGCAAGAGGCAGAAGCUGGAUUAUUCUAAAAAUGCUUCUGUAAGUUUCCAUGAAGAAGAGGGAACUCUCAACUCCUCCAAACCCAGCCUGAUGGGCCACUCCUUGCCACACUCUUUCUCUGUAGGGAAGGUUGGAUGGGCUAUGGAUGCCGUAUAGUAACAGAUUUGAGUUGCUUUCUGUCCACUCAGGUUCCCUUGCCUCGGGACUUGGUCACGGUCAGGAGCAGGCCUUGAAGCUGGGGACGAAGCCUCGGCAGCAGCAGUAGCGCCCUUCCUCUUCCCUUCCCUUCUCUUCCUUCAGAGACUCUUUUCUUUGCCCUUGGCAGGUGCUCACUAUGUGGAAGAGGCUGAUGAGAUCCUUCAGCUCCUUCCACUGCUUGUAAUCAGGAUUAGCCUCCGUUUCUCGCCUUGGGCAUUCAGGCCACUGCCAGGGGCUGAGGAGAGGUCCCAGUGAUCCUCAUGUAUUAUUUCUAAGAGCUUUGGUGGAUGCUCUUAACUUCCCAUCCUUUAGUAUCCUGCAGGUCUUGUAGUGAUGAUGAUGAUGAUGAUGAUGAUGAAGAAUCUUACAUUUGCAUGACUCAGAGUAAUGCUUACCUUUCCUCAUGACCUUUACAAAAUUACAUCAUUUUCCUUCUAUAUUCGAUAUCCUUGCUGAUAGAGAUGGGGAAAUGCUUAAAGACGAAGAUUCCAGUGAAGAGAGAUUAAAAAGCUGCUUGGAUUGAUUGCUGAGCUGGCCACCAGGCUCUGAGAUCUGAACAAGUUGGCUCUGUUCCCCAUUCUGCUGUCUGACCUUGGGCUCGUCCCUUCGCCCCUCUCAGAUUUCCUUCCUGUAAAAGCUGCCAUCACCUGCUUCCCUCACAAGGGCACCGAGAGUAAGUAUCAGCAGGUCAGUGAAGCACGUGGCUCCCUGUGGGCCGUGACUAGGACGAACUGCUGAAGUUGACAGUGGUUCUCACCACCUUUACUUCAAGGAGACUCACCUACUAUUUCUUCCUUUGGCUUCUGGAAGAGGAGUGAUUGGGAGUUGGCCUUGCAUGACUAAUAGGGGCCAUGGUCAGGCACAUGCUCUUCUGCAUUUAUGUAGCACCUGAUGUUUACAAGCAUCCUUCCUAAUUCCCUCACGUUGGCAGGCUGAUCAUCCCCACCAUUAGUGUCUUACAGAGGAGGAAGUGGGAGAUGGGGAGGUGGGAAGCAGCACCAGAGACAAUUUGGGGUCUCUGAUAUGUUGGAGUCAUUCCCAGAGUCUUAUUUGUCUGGGGACUGGAAUCAGGCCAAUUCCUAGAAGAAAUCUUUGGGAAAGGGUCUGCUGACCCUUGGGACAUGUGGCAUGGUGUGGGCUUCCUCACAAAGCUCUUUUCCCUCGGACCACGAUUGCUCAGGGACACGACACACCCCAAGGGCAGCUAGGCCUGAUUCUUGCUCCACAGUCCCCACAUUGGGGAGCCCUCCUACCUCCCUCCACUACGAGGAGGGAGACACCCCCUGAGCAGUCCUAACUCUUCAAGCUUGCUUUUAACCAAGCACAGAGCAGCAGAUACUGAAGACUGGAUGACUGUGAAUGGUACACUUCAGAGCUGAAAUGGCCGUCCAGAAGGCCCUCCCGAAUACAGAACCUGACAUUUUCUUCAUGUGUUUAAUUAAGCCUGUGCCUUUGACUUGGGCAUGUGAGGCCCUGUCAGACAGGUCAGGAACACUCCAUUGCCUCUCGAAGGGUUGCCGUGUCUGUAGUGCUGUAGUGCCAGGCUUUUCCUGAGGGCCCUGCCAGAGACUGCAGACUGGGUGAGGUGAGAGGAGCCCUCACGCGGUGCAUUGUGGCCGUAAGCGAACUUGGUGGCCGGAGCAGCAGGAAUCUGGUGAUCUGAGCAGCAUCUCUUCCCCAACAUGAACUGUGGAUAAUGCUGCCUUUCCCACCUGAAGCACGAAGCCCUUCUGACUUUGAAAUGUAAGGUCCGGAGCCCCAGGUCCAGCACUGAUAAUCCUCACCUGGCUAGAUUGUUCCCCUUUGUGGAGAAAAGUGGAACAGAGAGGAAGGGUUGUAGGUCAGAAACACUUGGGAAAAGGUCAGUUUCCCAUGGUUCGAACUUCUAGACCACUGGCCGCUCUCUCCUUGGCUUCAGGCCUGAGAACGAUUUCGUGUCAAGCCGCAGUUACUGUUGGGAACAUAUUCUCAGAUGUGCCUCUCUUCUUUCAGGCAAAUCAUUUUCUUAGAUCAGGAAUUCAAAUUAAUGAAAAUCCACAUCAAAAAGGAAAACCCACUGCUGCUUCUGGGGAGUCCUCAGUCCUUGGCUUUUUCCUGGCCUUGCUACCUGGGCGCUUGCCACCUCAGGCACUAGUGUUGGAAGGCAGGAGGCAGAAACUGGAAUCCUGGCUGAUUAAGGCUAAUUAACAGGGCUUAGGUGCCUAAUUAGGCUGACCCAGCCCUGGGUUCCUGGGUGGCUGUGCAGGCCAGGUGAAGGCGAGCCUCUCAUCUCAGGCUGUUGACUGAAUAUUUUCCAUUAGUCUUGAUGAGAUACUGACAGGCCCCACCCCCUCCAUUGUUCAUUACCAGCCUGGAAGCACACCCACCUCCCCCUCCCUGGCUUCUCAGGGAGUCCUGGCAUUUUGUUCUUCCAAAGGUUGGGCUCCCUCCUUAAUCUGGAGCCAGUAGGACUGGUCCUUCCUGAUUCUUACUGUCUGGUUCCCUGCAUCCCCUGCCAGUAGCCUUGCUGUGGGUCUUGCACGCACAACGGCAGCUAGAAAUAGAAAAUGAAUCGAGAAGGGCCCAGUUGGUUACCAGAGCCGGGAGCUUUUCCACACCUCUCUUUGUUUCUCUUGGAAACAGACGGCCUUUCUCCUCACCCACCUUCCCUCCUCACUGGCCUGACCCACCCUCCCUGCCAGCACCCACAACCUACUUUUACUAGACUGAUUGGCAGGCGUGGACCUGACAACUAGGUAGGUGUCUCUGGAUGGAACGCUGGAACAGAACUCCUGAGGUUCAGAGAUGGGCCUUUCCUGCUGGGACACGUGGGGUGGACAUCCAGGAAUUCUGAACCCAGAGGUCAGAUUGGUUUUAUGAAGAGUCCGGGGGAGUAAUGGCCCCUUGGAAUACGGUGUGUCUUGCUCUGCACUUACUGAGGUGCAAGACCAAGUUUCAAAAGCACUAAGUUGUCCACAUUCCUAAAAUCCUUCAUACCCAGACAACUGUAUUGACAGAUCCUGGCAUUAUUUAAAAUUUUGAUAUUGUGUUCAACAUGGAUUUUUUUCAUUAAUUUUAAUUUAAAAUACUGCAUUGAAAUAUGAUUGAUCUUGAUAACUGAGUCUUUUUGGUGCCCCCUUAAAAUUUCCAUCCAUGGUGAGCACUUCAGUCACCUCCCCCUCCUCCUCCCCCUGGCCCUGGCCCUGCCCCUGGCGCUGGCACUGCCUGCUCCUCUCUGGAUCUGUGGUGGUGCUUGGGCAGGAUUGUGAAGGAGGUUUUAGGUUGGUUUGUUUCUAGUUGCCCUUGCCCUCAAGUCCUGAGUGAGGUGGUAUCUCUGGGAGUGUUUGUAUUUACAUAGGAAAGAACAGUGAAGCAUCAAGGACAGUUUUCAUCUUUGGACCUGUAAUUGGGGGUGACUUUUUCUUGAUAUCCUCUAGCUUUCUUUCCGCCUCUCUGAAAGCUUAAGGCCACUUAGAGGUAUGUACAUGUUUUAAAGGAAAGGUAAGCGAUUCCAUUAGAGAGGAGCCUUUCUUAAGCCUCUUUGGGACAUCUUUGAACUUCUGGAGACGUGAACAAAUCCUACUCAUUCUCUCUCCCAGAUUUCAGAAAGUCCUCAAGUGGGUGGAGGUGUUUUCGCUUCCUUGCACGUCUGUAAGUUCCUUAGCGCUGUGCCUGGCCUCUAGUGGGCCUUCAUAAUGUCAGACAUCACAUCACGGCCCCCAGUAUCCGUUUUGCUGCCAUUAUUAUUCUCUCACCUUUAUUUCACUCGUCAUUUAUCUCUACCUCCAGUCCCAGAAGCCAUGCUGGCUGUGGCUCUUUUCUUCAUCACUGUCAGAGUGAGGCACGGGUUUAUCCCGGCCUAGGCAUGGGGAAUAACAGGAAAUUAUGAGAAACCAUUACAUGUCCUUUAUUUGGGAGGUGCUGUCAUGUAUAUAUAACUCACAGCCAUUUGGGGAGAGGAGGUAUGACCCCCAUCUGAGGAGGUGGAAACUGAGGCUCAGAUCAUUAUGCAAUAUGCCCAAGGUCACACAGCAGCUAGGAAGGAACAUUGCUGAUUUGUUUGGCUCCAAAGUUGUCUCUCAUUUUCCUCUGAGCCCACGUUAGGCCACUGUUUAGAAGCCCUGGGAUAAAAUCAGUCUAGCUUAGGUCCACCUAGACUUUCUGAUGGCUCUUUGUCCCAGGAGGAGUGUGUCCCAUGGCUACCCCAUCAUCUGCUUUUGUGACUGGACUCACCCAGCGGGACUUGCAACCUCCCAGCACUCAGCCGCCUUCCUCUCCACUGGCUGCUUUCUCCACUGUUUCCUCUCCACGAUUUUUUCAGGGAUUUGCUCCACAUAGGUUGAACGUGUCGAUUCUGUAGCUCUUCUCCUGGGACCACUCAAGGCCUGUGGGCCUCUCUCCUCUGUUUCUAGCCCCCAGUUGCCCCAUUACUGUUCUUUGCCGCAGCUUCAACCCAUGUCCCUCCCAGUCUUUUGAGUUUCAAAGCCUUAUUAUAGCUCCUUGUAUGGAACUUGAAGCCAGGCUUUUGCCUUUUUGUUGUAUCGAGGAGUUACAUGCCCUUGGUACUCUGUUGUAGCAACGAAGGGAGGUGAUGACUUUGUCAAAUAUUUCUUCUAGUAUUCCUCAUCACCCAUCACACACACACACACAUACACACACACACAUUCCCAUGCUCAUAUACAGAUUUAGUCUAAGACUGCGUCUUCUAGUGGAUUAAGUAAAGGAGUUGGAGAUGGGUUUUAUCUAUUGUAGUUCGCACAAAAGCUUUCUUUGGGAUUUCUCCCUGUUCGAGCCUUUGAGUCUAGGUAACGUGAAAGUACACGUGUUCGUUUUUCUCCUCUGUAAUUAGCUACUCGUUUUCAUCCCUAGGCCUUCCCUGCUCCAGUGUCCUAUCCAUGUGUCCUGACCCUGUGUCCUUGAAUUCCCAUUUUGCUUUGGGAUUUAAGUUAUUGUAAUAUGUCAACAAUAUUUAAAAAUAGAAAAGUCCUGAAGAAAAAUUUUCAGGUUCUUUUCUUUGGCUUCUUUUAUUUUAUUUUAUUUUCAAGGUACUGUACAUUGUUGACUAGGGAUGCCAAGCAGGCUUGGUUCAAUGGCUAAACCUCUUAUCGUAUUACAGUGUAAUGCUGAUCUCAGCCUGGUCUCACCACCAGAGCACACAGACUUGAAUAAAACUGUUAUAACAACGA